AUGUUUUUGUCAGGAGGCCGAGUGAGCAAACCCUCCUCAUACAAUGAAAGCUCUUGGACGUGCACGGCGUUCAGCGCCGUUGUGCCAGUUGGUGCAGUGGGAAUGGUCCAUGAGUCCUAUUUUGUUACGGAUUAUGAUCCAACGAUCGAGGACUCCUACACCAAGCAGUGUGUGAUAGAUGAACGAGCUGCACGCUUGGACAUUUUGGAUACAGCAGGACAAGAAGAAUUUGGAGCCAUGCGUGAGCAGUACAUGAGGACAGGGGAGGGUUUCCUGCUUGUUUUCUCAGUCACUGAUAGAGGAAGUUUUGAAGAAAUCUAUAAGUUUCAGCGACAAAUUCUUAGAGUGAAAGAUCGUGAUGAGUUUCCUAUGAUUCUAGUUGGUAAUAAAGCAGAUCUGGACCACCAAAGACAGGUGACACAAGAGGAAGGUCAGCAGCUAGCACGGCAACUUAAAGUAACAUACAUGGAAGCCUCAGCAAAAAUCAGAUUGAAUGUAGACCAAGCUUUUCAUGAACUUGUCAGAGUUAUAAGGAAAUUUCAAGAACAAGAGUGCCCUCCUUCACCAGAGCCAACACGGAAAGAAAAAGACAAGAAAGGCUGCCAUUGUGUCAUUUUCUGA